GGCAGCUGCAGAAGGAGCGGCGCCUCGGUUGGGCUUUGCCGGUGGAGAGGUCGCGCCGAAUCAUGUGGGCCCGGUUUGGCGCCGCGGGGCGGCGGCUGCAACAGCUGAGCCACGGCCGCAUCCGUAGUCCCACAUCCUUCAGCCAGUGUUUGUGGAGGUGGAAAAGCAGCCCAGUGAACGAAAGAGCCCUGCAAUACAAAGUCGGAGAACAUAUCCAAGGGUUCACAGUAAACCAGGUGACAGCAGUACCCGAGCUGUUCUUAACUGCUGUUAAACUCAACCAUGAUAAGACAGGAGCCAAGUACCUGCAUGUGGCACGAGAGGAUUCCAAUAAUCUUUUCAGCGUUCAGUUCCGUACCACCCCAAUGGACAGCACGGGCGUCCCCCAUAUCCUGGAGCACACUGUGCUCUGUGGGUCUCAGAAGUACCCCGUCCGAGAUCCCUUCUUCAAAAUGCUGAACAGGUCACUCUCCACGUUCAUGAAUGCAUUUACAGCUAGUGACUACACACUGUACCCGUUUUCCACUCAAAAUCCCAAGGAUUUCCAGAAUCUUCUCUCUGUAUACUUGGAUGCAGUGUUUUCCCCCUGUUUGAGACAUCUAGAUUUCUGGCAAGAAGGCUGGAGGCUGGAACACGAGAAUCCCAGAGAUCCGCAGACAUCAUUAAUCUUCAAAGGAGUAGUUUUUAAUGAAAUGAAGGGGGCCUUUACAGAUAAUGAGAGGGUGUUCUCUCAGCACCUUCAGAACCACAUUCUCCCUGAUCACACAUAUGCCGUCGUCUCUGGUGGACACCCUCUGAAGAUCCCUGACCUUUCCUGGGAGCAGCUCAAACAAUUUCACGCCUUGCAUUACCAUCCCAGCAAUGCAAGGUUCUUCACUUACGGUAACUUUCCCCUGGAGCAACACUUGAAACAAAUUCACGAGGAGGCGCUGAUAAAAUUCCAGAAAAUUGAACCGAAUACAGGUGUCCCCCCACAGCCACUCUGGGACAAGCCUAGAGAAUGCCAUGUAACGUGUGGCGCAGAUUCGUUUGCUACGGACCCCAAGAAGCAGACCAUGGUCAGCAUCAGCUACCUCCUGUCCGACAUUACAGAUACUUUUGAAACCUUCACCUUAAACCUGUUGUCUUCGUUAUUGAUUGGUGGCCCAAAUUCCCCGUUUUAUAAAGCUUUAAUUGAGUCUGGCCUGGGUACAGAUUUUUCACCAGAUGUUGGGUUUAAUGGCUCCACAAGAGAGGCUUACUUCAGCGUCGGCCUUCAAGGGAUCGCUGAGGAAAACAUCAACACUGUGAAGCAAAUCAUUGCUAGGACCAUUGAUGAAGUUAUCGAGGACGGAUUUGAGGAAGAAAGAAUCGAAGCUCUGCUUCACAAAAUUGAAAUCCAAAUGAAGCAUCAGUCAACAAAAUUUGGACUUGCCUUAGCCUCAUAUAUCGCCUCCUGCUGGAAUCAUGAGGGAGACCCCGUCGACCUGCUGAAGAUUGCAGAUCAAACCGCUCAAUUCAGAGAGUGGCUCAGGGAGGAUCCUCACUUCCUUCAGAGGAAAGUAAAGCAGUACUUUAAGGAUAACCCUCAUCAACUUAUGCUGUCGAUGAGUCCAGAUGAAGCUUUCUGUGACAAACAAGCAGCUCUGGAAGCAGCAAAACUAAAAGAGAAGAUUGAGGCUCUUUCUGACGAAGAAAAGAAACAAACUUAUGAGAAAGGUUUGGAACUGAUGGAACUGCAGAGCAAGCCUCAAGACACGUCCUGCCUUCCAGCCCUGAAAGUUUCAGAUAUUGAACCUAGAAUCACCUUUACUGAGCUGGAGACAUCGCUUACAGCCGAAGAUGUCCCUGUCCAGUACUGUGCUCAGCCCACGAAUGGGAUGGUGUACUUCAGAGCUGUCUCCAGUCUUAACACCCUGCCAGAAGAACUGAGGCCCUACGUGCCACUCUUUUGCAGCGUCAUAACCAAAAUGGGAUGCGGAGCUCUGAGUUACAGAGAACAGGCUCAAGAGAUUGAUUUGAAGACUGGCGGGCUUUCUGUCAGCCCCCAUAUCACCGCUGAUGACUCCAAUCUGGAUGUCUAUGAACAGGGGGUGCUUUUCUCUUCACUGUGCCUUGAUAGAAAUCUGUCAGACAUGAUGCACCUAUGGACAGAAAUAUUCAACACCCCUCAUUUUGAAGACGACGAGCAUUUCAAAGUGUUGGUGAAGAUGACCGCUCAAGAGCUGUCAAAUGGGAUCCCAGAUUCAGGACAUAUGUACGCCUCCAUCAGGGCCAGCAGAACCCUGACACCUGCAGGAGAGUUGCGAGAAAUGUUUGAUGGCAUGGAGCAGGUGAAGCUGAUGAAGCGAAUUGCAGAAAUGUCUGAUAUUAAGCCAGUGCUGCGCAAACUGCCCCGCAUCAAGAAACAUCUGUUAAACAGCGACAACAUGCGGUGUGCAGUGAACUCCACUCCACAGCAGGUCUCCCAGGCUGCCAAAGCUGUAGAGAAAUUCAUAAAGGCUAUCACAAGAAGUAAAAAGGAGCGAAAGCCUGUCCGCCCGCAUGUGGUUGAGAAACCGUGGGAUCCUAAAACUGUUGCGGGUGGAGCACCUGCGAGUACUCGGAUCACAAGGAAACUGAUCACGGAUCCUACUUUCAAGCCAUGUCAGAUGAAGACCCAUUUCCUGCUUCCCUUCCCAGUGAAUUACAUUGGGGAAUGUGUUCGAACUGUUCCCUUCACAGCUGCAGACCAUGCAGGCCUUCGCAUCCUUGCCCGCUUAAUGACUGCUAAAUUCCUGCAUACGGAAAUCAGAGAGAAAGGAGGUGCGUAUGGAGGAGGCGCUCAGCUCUCUCACAACGGAAUCUUCGCAUUCUAUUCCUACAGGGAUCCAAAUUCCACCACAACUCUGGCUGCCUUUGAAAAGGCCGCCGACUGGGCCAGAGCAGGCAAAUUCACCCAGCAAGACAUUGACGAAGCCAAGCUUGCUGUCUUUGCGGCAGUAGAUGCUCCCGUAGCGCCAUCUGACAAAGGGAUGAACCAGUUUUUGUACGGAAUCUCCGAUGAGAUGAUGCAGCAACACAGGGAGCAUCUUUUUACCGUUUCUAAGGAUCACCUAAUAGAUGCAGCCUGCAAAUACCUUGCUGCUGGGAGGAGCACGAGAGGACUGGCUGUUCUUGGACCAGAAAACGCUGACACUGCCAAAGACCCUUCGUGGGUUAUACGAUAACACCUGCUGUCAGAUUUGCUUAGAUGGGAUAAACAAGGUCAUAUGCCAAAUAGAUUCAAAUCUUCUUCCUUCUGUACAUGUCUGCAGGCAGGGACGAGAAGCCAUUGUGCACUGUGUUUCUGGGGAAAGCUUGCCCUGCAGCAGCGUUCGUUGAAGGAAGACACUGCUCUGUGUCUGUCUUUCACUAAGCAGCUUUUCCACCUUAAGCUCUAGCCAACCUGGCUGAAUUCCAUCGUGCCCAAGUACCGCUGAAGCCGUUAGAGCAUGUCAGUUGGGAUGAACUUGUCACCAGUGAUUUUGGGUUGAUCAUGUCUGAUCAGAUAACAUGCAAAUUGAUAUUUUUAUAGAAACACAACAUUUAAAAUUCCAGAUAAUUUACUUUAAAAUCAUGUCAAAUUACUAGAAUGUCAGCUAUUUCUUUUUUUAAAACAAUAAAAGUUUUGAGAUUC